GUUUUUAUAGUGAUAUCAUGUGGUAAGGUGGUUGUGUACUGGGGUAACUAUGAAAUUUAAUAUAAAAAGGAUAUUUUAAAACCUCAAAAUGGCAGGACACAUACAAUUAUCGGAUAUGGUUUGGUUGAAACCAGAGGGGAAGUCCGAAUUCGACAUACCCCUCGCGGUGAAGGUUUUAAACAGUUCCGGAGGAAAACUUGAAGUGAGGGAUGAUGAUGGACGCAAAUUUGUUACGGAAGUGUCGAAUGUUCUCAAACCCUUACAUGCCACAUCGAUCUCGAGCGUCGAAGAUAUGAUCACACUAGGGGAACUCCAAGAAUUUACAAUUUUACGUAAUCUGCAUAUACGCUAUAAUGAACAGUUAAUUUAUACGUAUACAGGAUCUAUGUUAAUUGCGAUUAAUCCUUACGAAAUAUUGCCCAUAUACACAAUGGAUCAAAUACAUUUUUAUCAAGAAAGAAACAUUGGAGACAUGCCGCCGCAUAUAUUCGCAAUUGGGAGUGAUUCCUAUAGAGAAUUGGUUGAAUCUGGCUCAAAUCAAUGUGUUGUUAUCAGUGGAGAGAGUGGUGCGGGAAAAACCGAAAGUACUAAGUUGUUGCUGCAAUAUUUGGCAGCAGCAAGUGGCAAGCACUCUUGGAUAGAACAGCAAAUUCAAGAGACUAAUCCAAUUUUAGAAGCUUUUGGAAAUGCAAAGACGGUAAAGAACGACAAUUCGUCCAGAUUUGGAAAAUAUAUCAAUAUUUAUUUCACUAAAGACGGUGUGAUAGAAGGAGGAAACAUAGAUCAGUACUUACUGGAAAAAUCUCGUAUCGUCCGACAAAACAAAGGGGAGAGGAAUUACCACAUAUUCUACUCACUUGUGACGGGAUUAUCGGCUGACGAAAAAAAGAAACUGGAACUUACUAGACCUCAAGAUUAUGAAUAUCUAAAUUCCGGAAAUAUGUUAACAUGCGAUGGUCGAAAUGAUGCUAUAGAGUUUUCGGACAUUAGAUCAGCAUUUAAAGUAUUGAAUUUUGCAGAUGAGGAAGUUUGGGGCGUAUUCAAUUUAUUGGCAGGUAUUCUUCACAUGGGAAAUUUAAAAUUUAAGUCAUAUAGCACCAAUAAUAUUGAAUCAUCAGAAGUGGCGGACGCUGUAAAUGCGAACAGAAUUGCUAGCUUACUUGGUGUAAAUAAAGCACAAUUAUGCGAGGCCCUGACAAGGAAAACAUUAAUUGCUCACGGGGAAAAAAUUGUUUCCACUAUAUCUGUAUCCUCAGCAAUCGAGGGGAGAGACGCAUUAGUUAAAGCAAUUUAUGGACACAUUUUCGUUUAUAUCGUUGAAAAUAUAAAUAAAACACUACAUAAGGACGAAAGGCUCUCUAAUAACUCAAUUGGUAUAUUAGAUAUUUUUGGCUUUGAAAAUUUCGACAGUAAUAGUUUUGAGCAACUUUGUAUUAAUUAUGCAAAUGAAAACCUUCAACAAUUUUUUGUUAGGCAUAUAUUUAAACUUGAACAAGAACAGUAUCAAAAAGAAGGUAUAACAUGGACAAACAUUAACUAUGUCGAUAAUCAAGAAAACCUCGAUGUAAUUGGUAUAAAACCUAUGAAUUUGUUAUCUUUGAUUGAUGAAGAGUCCAGGUUCCCUAAAGGGACAGAUAUAACUUUACUGGACAAAUUAAACAGCAACCAUAGCAGUAAAAAAUGUUAUGUGUCUCCUAAGUCAACACGUGACCACAGGUUUGGUGUUAAACAUUUCGCUGGCGAUGUUUAUUAUAACGUUAAAGGUUUCUUAGACAAGAAUAGAGACAUGCUAACAACCGACUUACGGGAGCUGUUAAUAGAUUCAAAUAAUACAUUCUUGAAGAAAAUAUUUGAUUUAGAUUCAGUGACUGGACAUAGUGGAAGUCGUAAAACGUUAUCGCUGAGUCACCAAUUUAAGGCAUCACUCGAAUCGCUUAUGAAAACGUUGUACGCAUGUCACCCCUUUUUUGUUCGUUGCAUCAAGCCAAAUGAAUUAAAAAAGCCAAGAAUUUUUGAUCGACCUCUUUGUGUUCGUCAGUUACGUUACGCUGGGUUGAUGGAAACCGCAAAAAUAAGACAAGCUGGAUAUCCUAUUAGAUAUUCGUAUGCUGAAUUUGUACAUCGCUACCGGCUCGUAGUUUCAGGGAUACCACCAGUAGAAAAAGCUGAUUGUAAACAAGCUGCUAAAAAAAUAUGCGAAGAAGUACUUAAAGAUCAAGACUUCAGACUUGGGCACACGAAAGUGUUUCUCAAAGAUCACCAUGAUAGUAUGUUAGAAGAAUUAAGGCAUAAAAUACUCAUAGCUGCAGUAAUAAGGGUUCAAACGAAUGGAAGGAGAUUUAUCUAUCGACGAAGAUAUUUAAGAUUACGUGCUGCAGCGAUUACCGUACAAAAACAUUUCCGAGCGCGCGGAUAUCGAAGUAAAUAUUUGGCAAUGCGACGCGGUUAUUUGCGAUUACAGGCUACAUUGAAAUCGCGAGAACUCAGAAAGACAUUCUUAAAUUUGAGAGUUUUCUUCACAAAAUUCCAAGCUGAAUGUAAAGGUUAUCUCGUACGAAGAAUGAUAAAUGACAAGAUGCAUCAUAUUAAAAUGAAACUGGCAGAAUUUAAAAAUGAAAAACAAAACAAUCAGAACACUAGUAGGGGAGAGGAUGAAUACGAGAAAAAGUAUUCCGAUCUUAUGAGAGCUGUAUGGGUAGGAAAAGAUUUGGGAGUGGAUGGAAAUGCGCAAAACACAACUAUUAUUGAUGAUAGAUACGUUGAUGAUGUGUUUGGUUUUUUAAAGGAUACUGCGACGCCAGCGGGGACGAUUAGAGGGACAGGAUUCGGUGUAGAAACAACCGAGAAACCCUCAAUUGUGGACGUCAUAAACAUUCCCUUACAGAAAGAGUUUGAAGAAGAGCCAUUCGACGAAUUUAACUUCAAGAAGUUUGCUGCGACGUAUUUCUUAGGAAAUAUGAGCCACCAAUAUUCUCGCAAGCCUCUGAAACAUUCCUUACUCGAUUUACCGUCCCCAGUUGAUAAGGCAGCGUCGCAUGCUUUGUGGAUUACAAUCUUAAGAUUCAUGGGUGAUAUUGCUGAACCGAAAUAUAUUGAUGAUAAGAAAGAUAAUGUACCAAUUAUGACAAAAUUGAACGACACUGUUGGUCGCGCCUUCCAGAAAAGCAAAGAGUUUGAGGAAUAUUUAAAAGAUAACAGUGACAAGAAAAGUAAAUUAGUACAAAGGACCCUAAAAAAUAAGUCAAAAUUAGAUGAAGAAUUUAUGAAGUCAUUAUAUAACGAUGAACAAACUUCAGAGAUGUAUAACAAUUGGUUAAAUGCACGUCGUACCUCUAAUCUGGAAAAAUUACAUUUCAUUAUAGGUCACGGAAUAAUAAGAAAAGAGCUAAGAGACGAAAUAUUUUGUCAGCUUUGUAAACAGCUUACAAAUAACCCGUCAAAGGCAUCUUACGCCCGUGGUUGGAUAUUAUUAUCAUUGUGUGUUGGCUGUUUCCCACCUUCAGAAAGAUUUGUCAAUUAUUUAAGAUCCUUUAUCAGGGAUGGUCCGCCUGGUUAUGCUCCUUACUGCGAGGGACGGCUAAUGAGAACUUUUAAAAAUGGUGCGAGGACUCAACCUCCUAGCUGUCUCGAAUUACAAGCUACAAAAUCAAAAAAACCCAUUCUUUUGACCGUCACACUUAUGGAUGAAUCAUUAAAAACAAUUGAAUCCGAUUCAGCUACAACAUCUGAAGAAGUUUGCUUGCAAAUUGCUGACAAUAUUGGUUUAACUGAUACUUUUGGAUUUUCGCUUUAUAUAACACUCUAUGAUAAAGUAUUGUCCUUAGGCAGUGAAGGAGAGCAUAUCAUGGAUGCAAUUUCUCAAUGUGAACAAUAUGCCAAAGAGCAAGGAACACCAGAAAAGAAUGCACCAUGGCGAUUGUUCUAUCGCAAGGAAGUGUUCACUCCUUGGCAUAAUCCUUGCGACGACCCUGUUGCUACAACUUUGAUAUAUCAUCAAGUUGUUAAAGGGGUAAAAUUCGGAGAAUACCGUUGCAGUUCUGAAGGAGACUUAGCUAUGAUUGCUGCACAACAGCAUUACAUUGAAUAUGGGCCACAUAUUGAACCAAACGUUCUGAGAAAAGUUAUUGUCAAUUAUAUACCCAACCAAUUCAUUCAAAGUAAUGAUGCAGCGUUAACAAAGUGGGAGCAUCUCGUUACGAAAGCAUUUGAAACUAACGAAAGUAUACAAUCUAAAGUAGAUCCUUUACGAUGUAAAGAAGACAUCGUAAUAUUUGCAAAAAUAAAAUGGCCUAUGCUAUUCUCCAGAUUCUUUGAGGCCAUAAAAUUAAAAGGCGAUUCAAUAAACAAAGACAUUGUUAUAGUAGCAAUCAAUUGGACUGGAAUUUAUAUUGUGGAUCAAUCAGAGCAUAUUCUUUUAGAAAUGUCGUAUGCUGAGGUAACAUAUGUAGCGUAUAGUGAUGAUAAAGAUUAUGAUAAUAUUGGAAGAGUGACGAUUAAAACAAUAGAACAGGAAGAAUUUGUAUUCCAAAGCAUUGAAGCUAGUGAAAUGAGCUCACUUAUAAUAUAUCUUAUUGAUGGUCUGAAAAGGCGUUCGAUAUAUGUCAUUGCACAAAGUGAUACACAAGGUUAUAGUGAUGCAGCUUCAUUUUUACAAUACAAAAAAGGUGAUCUUAUUACGCUCUUACAAGAUUUUAAUGGUGAAACGCUUAUGAAUGCAACAUGGGGACAUGGACUAUGUAACGGAAAAGAGGGUUUGUUCCCCACAGAACAGGUGUAUAUAUUGCCCACGCUUUCAUUACCGUCCAACUCUAUAUUGGAAGUUUUCAAGAAAGGUAACAUAAAUAAUGAUAAGAAGGUUACAUCUCAAUACAACACGCUGCAACGGAAAAGAAUGCAUACACUUGAAAAAUAUGCAAAGGAACACUUUAGGGAAAACUAUGACAUACAAACUACAGUAUCCAAACAAUCAACGCUCACCGUGGCUAAGAAAUCUGUAUUGGGUGACUUAUGGGCUCACACGCGUGAACCAAUUAGGAUGCCUUUAUUGAAAAAGCUGAUGGAUAACGAAAAAUUGUGUAAGGCUGCAGUUUCAUCAUUCUUUGCUAUUUUGAAAUAUAUGGGUGACAUGCCUUCUCCGAAAGCGAGGUCAACCACAGAAUACACCGAUGACAUUUUUAGGCCAGGAAUGAAAGAUCUUACAUUACGUGACGAAAUUUACUGCCAAAUAAUGAAACAACUAACAAAUAAUCGAAUACAGUUGAGUGAAGAAAGAGGAUGGGAGUUAAUGUGGCUAGCUACUGGUGUUUUUGCUUGUGGGCAAACCCUUAUGAAAGAAUUAGUUGAAUUUCUAAAGACAAGACCACAUCCUAUAGCGAAAGAUUGUUUAAAACGAGUGUUUAAAAUUCAAAGAGGUGGACCAAGAUUAUAUUCGCCGUAUGUUGUUGAGGUGGAAGCUAUACAACAUAGAAGUAUGCAAAUUUAUCAUAAGGUGUAUUUCCCUGACGACACAGAUGAAGCUUUUGAAGUUGACUCUUCGACAAAAGCGAGAGAUUUGUGCGAACAGAUAACUGGUCGCCUUAAUCUGAGAAAUAGUGAUGGCUUUAGUUUAUUCGUGAAAAUAGCGGAUAAGGUGUUUUCGGUUCCAGAAAAUUACUAUUUCUUUGAUUUUAUACAUGAACUUGUUGAAUGGAUGAAACAGACUCGCCCAGUUCGUGGAGGUGGCCAACUACAAAUGAAUUACCAAAUAUUCUUCAUGAAAAAAUUGUGGAUAAACACAGUUCCUGGUAAAGACAAGAACGCAGAUGAAAUUUUUUAUUUUCCGCAAGAACUUCCAAAAUACUUGCGUGGUUAUCACAAGACGACGAAGCAUGAUUUAGUCGAAUUAGCUGCUCUUAUUUACAGAUCUAGAUUUGGAGAUGAUCAGUCAUUGCUACCGCAAAUAACACAAAUGCUCGAAGAAUUUGUACCCGUAGAUAUGUUAAAAAUAAUGUCGAAUUCUCAGUGGAAAUCUUCGAUAAGUGCGGCAUAUUUUAAGCACGGACAAAUGACGGAGAAUGAGGCUAAAGAACAAUUUUUGAAGAAGAUUUAUCAAUUACCUACAUUUGGUACAGCUUUUUUUGAAGUAAAACAGACGUCGGAUCCGACGUACCCGGAAAUGGUUGUUAUUGGUAUAAAUAGGCAAGGCGUUAGUGUGAUUCACCCACAAACACGGGAUGUACUUGUAACAUAUCCAUUUUCACAAUUGUCGAAUUGGUCAUCCGGGAAUACAUUCUUUCAUAUGACAAUGGGGAGUUUUAUGCGAGGUACAAAAAUAUUAUGUGAAACAUCUUUAGGAUAUAAAAUGGAUGACCUUAUUUCUUCAUACAUUGCUGUUUUGAGACAAGCAUUAAACCAGAAGACACGCAAGCAAUAAUAAUAUUCUAUAUUUAAUAUUAUUUUUUAAUUUACAAUCUUGUACUGAUUAUAUUAAUUUUAAACAUUAAAUAAAUAAUAUCUACGUAA